ACGUAUAAUCUAGUGGACGGAACGCUUCUUUAAACAGCAGCAACAGUUCGUCAGCCACCUUGGUAGCUUGCUAUACAAAAUAGCCGAACCAAUAUAGCUCUUUAGACGCGUUAGUGUAUAUUAGCCACGGUGUUUUAAACCCACUUCUGUCCUCUAGUUAGUUAUCCGAUUUAAUUUCAUAUUUACGGUGUUGUUGUUAUUAUUCAGCUAACAGGCUGGUUAAGUUAGCAUUAGCCUAGCUAGCUAACAUCCCCGACCAUGCGGUCACUAAGCUAUUCUCCUUCUAAAGAAGAGGUGGGUAUCACAGUAAAACAAGAAGUACAGGGUGAGGCCGUUACUGUGAAAGAAGAGGAAGACACGUUCAGAGUGAAAGAGGAGGGGGAUGUUACAAUAAAAGAAGAGGAGGGACCAUUUUAUGAAUUGAAAGAGGAGGGGGAGAUGACUGUCACAUCCACAAAGGCGGAGGAAGAAGAGAAGGAACCUGGAUAUCUGGGCCCGGUUUCCCAAACGCAUCUUAAGGUGUCCGAUGGUUCUAAUGGUUCUAACGGCCAAAAUAUGGUAUUGGGAAACCGUUCCAUGAUUAACACUAGAGAGAGACGGGACUAUCGUGGAUCCUCUGGGGAGCCUCAACAACCUCAAGAUGCUGACGAGGCAGAGAAAAGUAUCUCCAGAUCAGAACACCUCAAGAAACAACCGCAGAGACCCUCAUGGAAGAGAACUCACUGCUGCUCUGACUGUGGGAAACAUUUCAAAUUUUCAUAUGAACUUAAAAUACACCAGAGAACACACUCAGAACAGAAACCGUAUAGCUGUGCUCAAUGUGGGAAGCGUUUUACUACAUCUUGCAAGCGGACUAGACACCAGAGAACACACACAGGAGAGAGACCGUAUAGCUGUACUCAAUGUAGGAGGAGUUUUUCUCAGUCAACCACCCUGAUAGCACACCAGAGAACACACACAGGAAAGAAACCUUAUAGCUGUGCUCAAUGUGGGAGGAGUUUUUCUCAGUCAACCACCCUGAUAUCACACCAGAGAACACACACAGGAGAGAAACCUUAUAGCUGUGUUCAGUGUGGGAAGAGUUUUGCUACAUCUUGCAAGCUGACUAGACACCAGAGAACACACACAGGAGAGAGACCGUAUAGCUGUACUCAAUGUGGGAAGAGUUUUUCUCAGUCAACCACCCUGAUAGCACACCAGAGAACACACACAGGAGAGAAACCUUAUAGCUGUCCUCAAUGUGGGAAGAGUUUUACUACAUCUAGCAACUGGUAUAGACACCAGAGAACACACACCGGAGAGAAAUCUUAUAGCUGUACUGAAUGUGGGAAGAGUUUUGCUCAGUCAACCACCCUGAUAGCACACCAGAGAACACACACAGGAGAGAAACCUUAUAGCUGUGUUCAAUGUGGGAAGAGUUUUGCUACAUCUUGCAAGCUGACUAGACACCAGAGAACACACACAGGAGAGAAACCAUAUAGCUCUACUCAAUGUGGGAAGAGGUUUUCUCAGUCAACCAGCCUGAUAUCACACCAGAGAACACACACAGGAGAAAAAUAUUAUACCUGUGCUCAAUGUGGGAAGUGUUUUGUUACAUCUAGCAGUCUGACUAAACACCAGAGAACACACACAGGAGAGAAAUCUUAUAGCUGUACUGAGUGUGGGAAGAGUUUUACUCAGUCAACCAGCCUUAUAUCACACCAGAGAAAACACACACAGGAGAGAAAUCUCAUAGCAUUGCUCAAUGUGGGAAGAGUUUUGCUACGUCUAGCAAGCGGACUACACAACAUAUAACACACACAGGAGAGAAUUCUCAGCUGUGAUCAGUGUUUGACCUUGAUAGAAUACCUCUGAUCAAACAUCAGAAAAUACAUGAAGGGGUUGUUUCAUGAUAUCAAUGAAUUAAUAUCCCAAUGUAGAACGUUUCAACAUUGUAGUAAGAGUAUUUUAGUCAUGUCACGAUGUCGAACCCUAAACGUUUGCCCCUUUUCUAUUGAUUUGAACUUGAUAGGGAUGUUAGCUUCACAAAUUCAGGCUCUGAAUUGAAAGAGUACUAUUUAUGUGAUUUAACAAAAAUGGACGAGUUGUGUUACACUUACCAUGUUGGUGACCCACUUGAGUAAAAAAUGCAACACUUCAAAAUGUAGCUAUCUGUUUUCUACAAAUUGUCCUCUAACCAGUGAUGUACACAUUACUCCCAGAUUCUGUGUGGUUUUUGAGCUGUUAGUUUUAACAGGACGUGCAACCUCAUCUCCCUCCUGUCGCACACUUGAUUUCAACAUGAUAUCGAUGAGUGAUGACAUAAGUGUUGUGUUCCUUUGUUUAGCGACCCCUACAUUUAAAUGCAUCACCCCAAAAUGUAGCUGACUGUCUUCUGCAGGUUGUCCUCUAACCAGUGAGGUAAAAGAUAUCUCCCAUUUCCAGGUGUUUUUUUUUUUUUUGUUGUGUUAGUUUCAACAGCACAAACAACCUGAUUUCCCCCCUAAUUGAUAUCAGUGAUUUAUUGCUACUUGUCAAAACAACAGCGUUUCUGGUGCUUGUGCAGUUUAUAAAGAGUUUGUUGAAAAAAAUACAAGUAAUAUGAUUAUUGUGGCAGAUGUUUGUGUAUAUAGCCCAUUUUAUGUUUAGGUUUUCAAUUUAUCACAAACUGUUUAGACACGUUAAAACUGUGUUUUGACAUUGGGGCUAUCCCACCUAGCAAAAUGUAAUUGAAAAGAUGUUGAAAAUAAGACUAUGCAACCAAAUAUUUCAUAUUCACAAUUCAUGUAACAUUUAGUUAUCAUAAUUAUUUAUGUAACCAACUGACAUUUUUUUGGGCUACAAUUAUAUUGACAUUGUUUCCCUGCUCAGAAUAUCAGGGUUCAUUCUCAGAUGUGCCAACCCAAAUGUACUAGAGCGUGACAUUGGGGACUGGGCCCCGAUCCAACAACAUGCCUAUCUAGUGAACCCUGAAAAGAGAGAGAAGCUCCGCAGUGAGGUGGAAAUUUACUACGGAUAUUGCAGGAGUUUCCUCUUGAAAUCAGACAUGGUAACGACAACUUGGUUGUUGAUUGUCUUAAGGGUGGGCAGUCAAAAGGUGUUGUGUUUUGCGCUUAGCCAGUGAGUUGCCAUGGAUCACAGUUGAUUUUGACUGCACGUUUUUCCGUACUGGAAAUUAUUUUAGUUUGGGCUCAUUCCAAGGGGGCGAGAGUUCUAGAAGCUAGUGAGUUUUAGGAAGAGGAGAGUUCUAGAAGCUAGUGUGUUUUAGGAAGAGGAGAGUUCUAGAAGCUAGUGGGGGAAAAAAAGUUUUUUUCUUGUUUUUAAUUGUUGAUGGCCAGUAGACACCAUGUUUAUAUUGGUGAAGGUGAAGCAUUGUAGUUGAUUAUAAUAUGUAAUUGAAGUUGUUUUAUGUUGGUGGUUAGCAUUCUCUUAUUAAGGGGGAAGGUGUUAGUCUUUAGUUUUUCCAUUUAUGUUUUGAGGUUGGACUUUCGCCAGUAGAGCUCAUUAGCACGUAGGUUGCACUGAUUGGUGUCACCUCGUUAGUCAGUAUGUCUUACACCUGUGCUGGCUUGUCCAUCUCGUUAGUGGGAAGGUGUUUCACCUGAGCUGGUCCAGGUUCUAUUUAAGAGUGUCUGGCCCAGUGCUCCAGUUGUCUUGAUAGAUGUGGAGAGUCAACACCUUUAGUUGCGCUACCUAUUUGGUUUGCGUCCCUUUUUUUAAAAACAUUUGUUGUGGGUUUUUCUUUUGUUUGCCUCUUCUUGGGCAGAUUUAGUGGGUCUCAUGGUGGGUGUCUUUUUGGUCCCAGUUGUUACUAGUCAACUUUCAGUGGACACUGAGAGCAAAACUGCAACAUUAUGUUAUAAUACUUUUAUUGCAUCAAAUGGUUGUUUUAUGCAACAGAAUAGAGGGUUCUUGUAACUAUAGUGUCUGUGUUCUACUGAGGAUGGGCCUCUGGUAGAAAACAAUGACAGAGAUUUACAAUGUCUUUUGGUGAUAAAACUUAGAGGCCGCAUUCCAGAGCAUGAGUUAAUGUUUCUGUUCUAUAUGGUACCAGGGAGAGAUGACCCCAGGGCCAGACCCUGUAGCAAAGAGUACUGUUUUUACAUCAGAUACGGUCUGCUGAGAAUUAUAAGUAUCUUUCAUACAAAUCUUAACCUUGUGACCCGUUCUAUACAUCUGUUGUUUGUCAUGCAGGUUGAAAGGGGUGCAUCUUGGCUAUUAAAGACCAUUGUACUUUUGUAUCGGGGCUCUCAACGAAUCAUCUGGGGGUGAUUCGUCGGCCAGCCAUCAUUAUCGUACACCACUCAAUUGAUUCACUUUAUAUGUGUGCGUUGUCUUGACCUGCUCCCUUAUUAUUAAGUGAAUAAAGAUGUAGUUCAAGUAUAA